GUCACGGGCUGCAAUUGCCUGUAGUAGCCGUGGUGGCGAGGGCGGCGUCGUUUGCGGUGUCGGAAGUGGGCGUGCGCGCCGCCCUCGUGAUGAUGGACUUCAUAGGCUGGCCUUGUUGGGUAGCGUUUGGAUGGCUUUUCUUUCAUUGUGCCAGUCACAUUAGCAGCCUGUUGGUUCCGGUUUCGGCUCGAAAGUCGCAAAUCCAAGCAUGGAAAUGGAAAAACGUGUCGGUGUCAUUUCUGCACUCGUGCAUCACCGGGGUUGGAUCAUGCGUCGAGUUUUAUUUUUGUCCAGAGUUGGCAGCUGAUGUGAUAAACGCAUACUCAAGGAGUGCCCAUGUUCUGGUGUCAUUCUCCAUAGGUUAUUUCAUUCACGACGCCCUCGACAUGGCAGUGAACAACAUGAAGAAGAGCACCUAUGAGCUCCUGGUCCACCACUUCUUUGUGAUCCUGUGUUUCGGCCUGGCGGUGGUCACGCGGCUGUACCUGGGAUACGCCGUCGUGGCGCUCGUGGUCGAGGUCAACUCGGUGCUGCUGCAUGUGCGACAGAUGCUGAUCGUGCAAGGUGUGGCCAAACACAACAAGUGGUACCGGCUCAACAGCUUGAUCAAUGUUGCCACGUUCCUGGUGUUCCGCAUCACCACGCUGGGCUGGAUGACGCGUUGGCUGGUGGUCAACCGCGACUCGGUCCCGCUGCCCGCCUACACUCUCGGCAGUGUCGCGCUGGCCACCCUGGUGGCGAUGAACAUCGUGCUGUUCUUCCGUGUGCUAUACGCCGACUUCCGGAAGGUGAAGCGGGAGGGCGCGGCCAAGCCGCCGCCAGCAGCCAGCAGACCCGACAAGAUCGACUCGGCUUUCCGCCGCUUAGUGCGGGGCACCGAGGAGGAGGAGGUCUUCAGCGACAAAAGGGAGUAGCCGGGGUCCAGCCGCCCGCACAGCCGCCGCCGGCCUGCCACUACUUAUGCGCCAGUCCGGACGGCUGUUUCGUCUCCGUAUUUUUAGACACGGUAACAGUGUUGCGUGUGAUUGACUCGGUUAGCUUUUGCUGUGGUUUUGCGUACCAGUAUUUGUUUAUCGCAUGUUCGUGUUGCUUCAUAACAUUCGAUUUGAUAGUCUGAAGUAGUUGUAGUGUGUGGCUAGUUUACAUUAAACCUUACCCAAUGUAUUCAAUCACUUCAGGAUGGUUACCAGGUUGUGUUAGUUGCAGUUUGUGGUCAUUUUGCAUUGAACGUUUCCCAGUGUUCUCUAUCACUUGAGAAUGACCACCCACAUAUGCUUCCAUGUUGUUCAACUGAGGUACCUCGAUAAAGUCAGUGUGACGCUGCACAACACGGCACUGGCUAAAGCAGCAGACGUUGCUCAGUCCUCAACGGUGAGCGUUGAGUCCAGGGCUGUUCACCAUAUACAGCAGCUUUACAGUGCUGACAUCAGCGGCGCUACGUUCGUCAUAACGACAUGAUCAUGUACAAAGCAUCUAGUGAUUGGGACUCGGGAUGUAGUCGGGUAAUGUUGCCUUGUGAUGUCGCACUGAUCAACUGUAACUUGCUGGUUGCGAUUGGCGCGGCAGUAAUCUGUAACCAGUGUAUCGGUGUCCUGGUGGGGCAGCAAGUGUUAUGGAACUGGCACGCACUCGGCAAUAGACAUUCGUGUUUGUGUCGUAACCGUAGCACAUUGGUGUUAUGAUGUCAAACGACUAGCUGUUGUCUUAUGUCUGGCAGCGUCCGGCGUGGAUUUGUAUUGCCCCGUGUCUGGUGUCACGUGUGUGUUAGCAUACCUGCCCUGUGUGCGCCCGCUUAUUGUGCGCUGGUGUGACGCGCGAGGCUCUGGACUGUACUAGCUUGUCUUGUGUGCGCUGUGCCCGGCACUCUCAGGUAGGAGCUGCGUCUAGCCCCCGCUCACUCCCGUCACUGACACACGUCCACUCUUGAGUGUGCCUGUCUUUGUUGUCUCGUGUCACCGUCACGCGGCCCGGGGAAUGUGUCUCCGUCUGGUGUCUCGCGUCGCACAAUGCAUGCCUGUGUCCCCAAGGGCGAAGUCACACCAGAUGCGUCGAACGUAAGUACGCAUGGGGCUGUGUCAGAGAAUGGACUUCGCCAGACCUUAAGAGUCUGUCUGUGACACAGCUGCGUGCGUAAUGGCGUCCGUUACACGUGGCGUGAGUUGGCCCUCACUCUUGGCAUGAGUUGACCACCACUCUGCCUCCCGCAUCACCCCUGAGCUUGGUGUUUGGGGCCUCUGACUGCCUUCCGGAUCGCCCCUGAGCUUGGUGUUGGUGCCUCUGACACUAACAUCGUUUGCCGUGAACUGUGUCAUUUUCAUUCUCCAUUGUCUUGUAUACUUUUUGCCCGGACACGGGUUGCCAAUCUCUGUUGCUGCUGCUUAACAAGCAUGAGCAUUCCACACCGUAAUACUAUCUCUGCUCCUGUUGUCCAAGGCGCCCCCCCAAACCCGACCAAGGUGAUACUAUCAAAUGGUGCGUUGGGCGGUUCACUGCGGCCGCUUCUGGCAGAUGUGACUAUUUUUACACAUGUGUACUGGGCUCAACCAGGGCCUGAUGGCGUAUUCGCUGCGGGACACUGUGACAGGUGGGCGCCACUUCUUGUCUUGUUUGAACUAACCGCGCGCACAGCGGAAUCCAUGAGGGACCGGCCCUCGCUGGUCAGCUCUACCUGACUGUCCAGGAACGCUUAUUUGAUUGCGCUGUGGACGCUGACAAAUUGUGCUGACUUGAGCCGUGGAUUUGGUUUAAUGUUUGCACCGUGCAGCAACAAUGUGCAUAAUUUGUAUAAUGGCUCAGCGAUACCGCGCAAGGUACUGUUGUCAAUGUCAGGGGUGGCGCCACCAGUCGACGAUUGGCGGAGGGGACGGAGGGGAAGGCAGAGUUCAAGACACAGCCUUUUUAUGUCACACCAUGGCCGUAAUGGGAAUUUCAAGGUCUUUUGGAUGGAGUGCGUUUGCCUUCUUUCGGGUGCUGCUACCCCUGCGAAGACUGUACCAAUCAGCGGAUGUUAGUUUUAUAUGUGUGCCGGGCGCCUACGUUCAAACCAAGACCAGUCGCAGCCAUAUGCGUACAUCACGUCGCAGAAUGGGUUUCAAGCUUCAUCGCAGCGCGGUGCGCCGCCAUCGUGGGGGUGUGCACCACAUCGCUGUUACCUGUUCGUCCCAAGCUGCGCGGCUGUGGGUCGGACGUCGGCGUGGUCAUGGCGGCCCCAGCUUCCCCGCAAUGUUCGUGACUCGCUGCGUCCAGCGGCGUGCUGUGUUUUGUAAUACACAGGCGUGGCA